GGGCCAGUUUCUGCGCAUUGCACUUUUUUUUCCCCCUUUCAGGAACGUGUUCAGGCCCGCGGCAGGGGGCGGGGUCGCGCCUCCUCCUCGGCUCUGGUUCCAGCCAAGCCUCACGGACGCAGAGAUGGAAAUCCCAAAGCUGCUCCCGGCUCGCGGGACCCUACGGGGCGGCGCCGGCGGUAUCCCCGCGGGCGACGGCCGGGUCCACCGAGGCCCUGACCCGCCGGCUGGCCAGGUCCCCACGCGCCGCCUCCUCCUGCCCCGGGGCCCCCAAGAUGGCGGGCCCGGGCGGCGGCGCAAGGAGGCCCGCAAGGCCUCACCGAGCCCUGGCCCAAGCCUGUUGGCGCCAAGGCCCCAUCAACCUAGCGGCGGCGGCGACGACUUCUUCCUGGUGCUGCUUGACACGGUGGGUGGCGACGUGGAGACCGCGGGCUCCGGUCAGGCCGCAGGGCCUGUGUUGAGGGAGGAGGCCAAGGCGGGCCCGGGGCUCCAGGGUGACGAGAGCGGCGCGAACCCCGCGGGCUUCUCUGCGCAGGGCCCCCGCUGCCUGUCCGCGGUUCCCACCCCGGCCCCGAUCUCUGCCCCCAGCCCCGCCGCGGCCUUCGCGGGCACAGUCACUAUCCACAACCAGGACCUGCUGUUGCGCUUUGAGAACGGCGUCCUCACCCUGGCCACGCCCCCACCACACGCCUGGGAGCCAGGGGCCGCUGCUGCCCAGCAGCCCGGGUGUCUGAUCGCCCCCCAAGCCGGGUUCCCGCAUGCCCCGCAGCCAGGUAACUGCCCAGAGCUGCCGCGAGACCUCCUGCUAGCUGAGCCGGCCGAACCCGCGCCUGCUCCGGCGCCCGAGGAGGAGGCGGAGGGCCCAGCCGCCGCCCUGGGCCCCCGCGGACUGCUGGGCUCUGGCCCAGGCGUGGUGCUGUACCUGUGUCCCGAGGCGCUAUGCGGGCAAACCUUCGCCAAGAAGCACCAGCUGAAGGUGCACCUGCUGACGCACAGCAGCAGCCAGGGCCAGAGGCCCUUCAAAUGCCCCCUGGGUGGCUGCGGCUGGACCUUCACCACCUCUUACAAGCUCAAGAGGCACCUGCAGUCGCACGACAAACUGCGGCCCUUUGGCUGCCCUGCGGAGGGCUGUGGCAAGAGCUUCACCACCGUGUACAACCUCAAGGCGCACAUGAAGGGCCAUGAGCAGGAGAACUCCUUCAAAUGUGAGGUGUGCGAGGAGAGCUUCCCCACGCAGGCCAAACUCAGCGCCCACCAGCGCAGCCACUUCGAACCCGAGAGGCCUUACCAGUGCGCGUUUUCUGGCUGCAAGAAGACAUUUAUCACAGUGAGUGCUCUGUUUUCCCAUAACCGCGCCCAUUUCAGGGAACAGGAACUGUUUUCCUGCUCUUUCCCUGGCUGCAGCAAGCAAUAUGACAAGGCUUGUAGGCUGAAAAUUCACCUGCGGAGUCACACCGGCGAGAGACCUUUCCUUUGUGACUUUGAUGGCUGUGGCUGGAACUUCACCAGCAUGUCCAAACUCUUAAGGCACAAAAGGAAGCACGACGAUGACCGGAGGUUCAUGUGCCCUGUGGAAGGCUGUGGGAAAUCUUUCACGAGGGCCGAACAUCUGAAAGGCCACAGCAUAACCCACCUGGGCACAAAGCCUUUUGUGUGUCCUGUUGAAGGCUGCUGUGCCAGGUUCUCUGCUCGCAGUAGCCUCUACAUUCACUCCAAGAAACACCUGCAGGAUGUGGACACUUGGAAAAGCCGUUGCCCGAUCUCCACUUGUAAUAAACUCUUCACAUCCAAGCACAGCAUGAAGUCGCACAUGGCCAAAAGGCACAAGGUGGGCCAGGAUCUCUUAGCUCAGCUAGAAGCAGCAAAUUCUCUUACACCCAGCAGUGAACUUACCAGCCAGAGACAGAAUGAUCUCAGUGAUGCAGAGAUAGUGUCUCUCUUCUCUGAUGUACCUGACAGUACUUCUGCUGCAUUGCUGGACACAGCAUUGGUGAACUCUGGAAUCUUGACUAUUGAUGUGGCUUCUGUGAGCUCGACUCUGGCAGGGCACCUCCCUGCUAAUAAUAAUAAUUCCAUAGGGCAGGCUGUGGACCCUCCAGCCUUGAUGGCCACCAGCGGCCCUCCUCAAAGCCUGGAUACCUCUGUCUUUUUUGGAACGGCAGCCACUGGUUUUCAGCAGAGCUCCUUAAAUAUGGAUGAGGUCUCAAGUGUAAGUGUGGGGCCAUUGGGAUCUCUGGGCUCUUUGGCCAUUAAAAACUCCAGUCCAGAGCCUCAGGCUUUGACACCCAGCAGUAAGCUGACAGUGGACACAGAUGCUCUGACUCCUUCAAGCACCCUUUGUGAAAACAGUGUCUCAGAACUACUGACACCAACCAAAGCGGAGUGGAGCGUACAUCCUAACUCUGACUUCUUUGGACAGGAGGGAGAAACCCAGUUUGGAUUCCCCAGUGUAGCAGGAAACCAUGGUUCUCAGAAAGAAAGAAAUCUUAUCACUGUGACUGGCAGCUCAUUUUUGGUAUGAACCAGCUCUAUUCAUUCCUUGCCAUGUGGCUAACUUUUAUUACAGUCAAUUUUUGAGGAUAUUCUGGACUAAAUAUUUAAGUGCAGUCAUUUCUUUUUGGUUUGCAAAAAGAGCACAGCCCUGGACUACAAGUUUGGAGAUCUAAAUUCUGAUCCUGAGUCUGGAACUGACAAGUUGUGUGACCCUGAGCAAGUCACUUAACCUACCUAAGCCUUAAUUUCCUUAUAAAUUGUGGUGGUUUGAA